GGGAAGGCGGCGGCAGGCCCAGACCACGGUCGCACCCCGGGGCGGCUCCUUUGCUAACCUGGGACUGCUGCGCUGCCGCCGCCGCCACCGCCACCUCCAAGCCCUGGCGUGACUCCCAGCCCGCGCCCCGCCCUCCCGCGUCCGCAGCCGGCUCGGCUUCCUGCCCGCCCAGACGCCGCUCCUCCCGAGCUCUGGGUCUCGGUUCCGCAGAGGGAGAGGAAAUGAGUGCGGCCGCGGCGCCGGCGCCCGAGCGCGGUUGGAAGAGCGAGAAAGUGGACGAGGCUCAGGCCCUGGCGCGGAGUUGCGCCGCCCGCAGACCCGACUUCCAGCCGUGCGACGGGCUCUCAAUCUGUGCCACGCACAGCCACGGCAAGUGCUUCAAGCUGCACUGGUGCUGUCACCUCGGAUGGUGUCACUGCAAAUACGUGUAUCAGCCGAUGACCCCUGUGGAACAGCUUCCAAGCACUGAGAUUCCCGCGAAGCCUUGGGAACCCACAAACACCAUUCAGAUCUCAGUCUCCCUCACUGAACACUUUUUGAAAUUCGCAUCUGUCUUCCAGCCUCCCCUCCCCCCUGAUUCACCAAGGUACUGUAUGAUCUCAGACCUCUUUAUUGACAACUAUCAGGUUAAAUGUAUUAAUGGGAAGAUGUGUUAUGUGCAGAAGCAGCCGGCGCCACAUUCCCACAAAAUUAGCCCCGAGGAGGUCUCUGCACACGAUGCCUUAAUAUCAAAAGAGAGCAAUUCGCCAAAAACAGAUCACUGCUCUUCUCCCUCAAGUUCUGAGGACUCUGGGAUCAAUGCAAUCGGGGCUCACUAUGUGGAGUCGUGUGAUGAGGACACAGAAGAAGGAGCAGAACUGAGUUCAGAGGAAGAUUACAGUCCAGAGAGCAGCUGGGAGCCAGACGAGUGCCUUCUCUCCCCGUCGCAGUCUGAUCUGGAAGUGAUCGAAACAAUAGAAACCACCGUGUGAGGGUCCAGGCAGGAAGCCACGUCCUCUGAUCCAUGCUGAGCUUUUGUACUUUUGUCUGAUGGAUCCUUUUUCCAAUGCAGUCGAUGUUUUCUACCCCUCUCUAACAACCAUACCAGUUCAGUGGUCUGCUGAUUUAGCUUCACUUUUAAAUUAGUCUUAUAAUUAAGACAUUUUUUUCUUAUAAAUGGUGUUCUUUUGUAUCUUGACUUCCUUUUUAUGUAGCAUCUGGUGUCAUGAAUUGUGACCCAGCCUUAAUUUCACUGGGAACUUUGAAAGCAAUGAUGUGAUGAAGUGAUGAUCACAGAGCAUCAUGGAUCAGGUUGAGGAGCUACCCAGAGUGAAGAAGACACUAUUUUAUAAAUAGCCAGUUCUUCGCAGAACAACUCUCUGGCGUUCCUUUUGGCGUGCUGAUGAGCACCCCUACCCUGCUAGUACCGUGUGGAAAGUGGUUCACGUGACCCCUCAAGGUGUGCACUGAUUGAUGCCAUUCUGUCCCUUUCCCCGUCUCCCCACCGCCUGCACUGGGGCUGGGCCAGUGCUGCCCUGGCUUACUUCUGGGAGGUUACUGGAGGCCAGCUCAGUCCCUAGUUAUGGCCAGUGUCUGCACAUCCCUCCGUUACCUGGGGCUGAGCUAGACCUCACUUCAGAAGAGAUUCCACCUUCUGUUUCAGGCUCAGCCCAGCUUUAGCUGAGUGCCUACGCUCUUCAGGGAUACAGAGCGAAUAAGGCCUGACUCCCGGCAGGAAGGGACCACAGUCCAGUAGGCGAGGUAACACACACAGGUGAUGGGACCCAGAGUGCCUGGGAACCCCAGGGAGGGAGAGGUGUACUUGGCCUGGGCUAGCUGGGGAUGUUGUACCACUUGAACUGGCCUCUUGGGUGGGUUCCCCAACAUAUCCCUGCUUUUUAAAAUUGUUCUUCAAAUCUGGGGGAAACUUUUAGGAGUUAUAUAGGUAUUAUAUUUAGGAGGCAGCCACAUCUGAUGUCUUAAGAAAAAAAAGUCAGUCAUAGUUUUAGUUAGCAUGGAAGUGCUAAAGACAGCAGUCCUUUAGGGAUUAGGAAUGAAUCUAAUAGGUUUGAUUAAUUCUGCUUCAUUUGGUUGUAUGAAGCAUU